CUACUUUCCGCACAUCCAUCACUCAUGCACGUAUCCAUUCUUCACUGAGCUGGAACAAUCUGCUUUUUGCGGACCGAGUUAUUAAUAAAAUGACAAACUUUUGCCAAACGAACCGCACGACCCCGACUUACUUAUGUAACCAGAAAAAAUGCAUAUAUACAUUUUCGCAAAAUUUGUGAGUAUAUGUACGUACACGCGUACAUUCUGAUACACCAAGACUUGGCUACAGCCAAAUUUUCGCAAUAAAUAUAUCGCACGGCACACUUCUCUCUGUCUGAUCAAUUUUGUUUUACUUAAAUUUUUAUCACCAAAUGCAUUCCACAAAUUUACCGGAAGAGAAAAAUCUACUCGACCUCCCACCACAUCUGCUGCACAAAAUCUUAUACUUACUCCCGUAUCAAACAUUGCAAACAUUACGCAGUGUUGGGCUUCCAUUCAAAACCUUUUUUGACCGCAGUAUUUUACCACGAAGUAAAAUCAGAUUACCAUACGCAGAAUUACAAAAAGCCGGAAACUUCCAACUCGCCGUAAAACUCUUAAAACGUCGGACCGGCCCACGCCACAAAUUCACAAUCCUGAUCCCUCACCCAAAAUCGGGUCCUUUAGUCCUCAUCCUAACCGCUAACAUACUUCAAGCGUUAUACAAAAAUGUGAAAAACACGCCCCCCACGACAACCCCGGCCCCGCAAAAAGUCCUGUAUGAACCCGACCUUUCCUUCGAAGCCAAAAGUGGUGACUUUGACCACUUCAAAAUCCACGUGGCAAGUUUACACCUCGAUUUAAAUUUCCCGCCGGACAAAACCUGUCACAUGAUCGGGUACAAAAUGUGGAGCACGAUUUGUUCCAGUGAUCCGAGAAUGUACCGAAUUACGGUGAAUCGGGUCGAUCUAGAAACCCGGUCCGUUCCGCGGGACAAAUCCAGUCCGGAGCUAAAGGAUGCCCUUAUUUCGUGCCGGAUAAACAUGACCUGCCCCCAGGUCACGGCGGGACUCGCAGUAAUUCAAGAAGGGGAAGUCGACGAGGCUCAAACACGAAGAGCCACAAUCGCUCCACAACAACAGGAAACACGCAUGAAAAUUAUCACGGAUAAAAUAUGCAAAUUUGCUAUCUUAAUUGUUGGCGGGCUCUUCGCCUUUGUCGUUAUCUUUUUCGCGUUAAAGAUUGUGAUCCGAGAUAUUUUAGUUUUUGUGAAUAAAACAGAGUGAACGAAUUUGUA